GCAUGGCAAGCGAGCUUGAAAGUUCAAGAUCAAUUACAGCUUUGCCCACAGAAGACACGCAGAAGUCUGCUAUCAAAAAAACUACCAGUACUAUAUUGACCAAGUCCAAAUCUCCAAAGCUACAAACAGUAGUCGAUCUGGAGAGGGAGAAGCUGGAGGUGCUGCAUCAGCUACAGCGUGAUGGAAGUGAGAGGCUAGACAUUGAGAGGAAAAGAUUGGCCAUUGAGGAGAGAAGACAGGCUGUCGAAGAAAAGAGACUGGCUCUCGAUGAGGAAAUUUUGAGUUUGCUAAGAAGUAAAUCUAUAAGUUCUCCUUUCAGCCUGUCCCCCAUGAUAAAAUUCACUUAGAUUGCACAUGUAUUAAAUGUAAUUUAUGACAUUUUCAUUCAUAGGGAAUUGUUAACUGUAUCUUUUAAGAAAUAACAUCAUAAUCAAGUGGUUUUAGAUGAUUUGGACACAGUCAAAUUCACUGUCAUGUAUACAAUG